AUGUCAAAGCAAAGCUUCACUGAGGACCCCUUUAACCAAAACCAGGACACUCCAGCUCUCCCGCCCAAGAAGACCAUCCCACCUCGGCCCAAGCCUCCCAGUGUUUCACAGUUUGAUACGGCGGAGAUUAAUCGCAGUGAUAUGCAGCCCUUUUUUCUUUUCUUCCUUCAGGUAAAAGCACUCCGACGAACAUCUCCGGAUCGGCGGAUUCGUCCAAACCGAGCGAUCCGUUCCAGCCCUUCGGUUCCGACGCCAACGACCCGUUUCAGAGUAAAAAGGGGCUUGGGGAUCCGUUUAGUGGCAAAGAUCCGUUCGCUCCAUCUGCUUCAAUUUGGGAAUGAGGCGCAGCAGAUGGAGUGGGCCAAGCGCGAGAGCGAGCGAGCCGAGCGCGAGAGGCUGAAGAGACUCAGGCAGCAGGAGCAGGAAGAUCUGGAACUGGCCAUCGCACUCAGCAAAGCCGAGAUGAACAGCACCUGAACACCGGUUCCUCCCCCUCACAAACCAUCUUUACACCACUGCAGCAGAGGAAAGCGUGUGUGUGUGUGUGUGUGUGUGUGUGUGUGUGUGUGUCUGUGUGUGUGAAUGUGAAUGAAAGCGUGAGCGAGUUUUUGUUUUUAAUGUAUUAAACCUCUUAUUUUAUUUAAACUUAAUGAUGGGGGGCAGCCCACGUGUUACGGGAACGAGCUCAUUCAAUUUACAUGCACUGCUCUAACCUGCACUACUCUGACUGUUUAUUUCAGGUGUGUGUGUGUGUGUGUGUGUGUGUGUGUGUGUGUGUGUGUGUGUGUGUGUGUGUGUGUGUGUGUGAGAGAGAACCUGUGAACAGUCAUCUGCUUGGAUUUGUAUUUGGAAAAAUAAUUUAU